ACCUGAUAAAUAUUGGCUAAACUUCUCUUCUUUUCCCUUCUUUGUGGUAUUUCAGGUUCAACCUGAGCGGGUGACGUUUUGAAAUUGUUAAAAGUCAGUGCAAUAUGCCUAAUGAAAUGGACGGGUGUGACUCAAGAAAUUGUCAAGCCAUAAACUGACACCGACGACCAUUUUGUUUUUUUCAUGUUUGCUUUCAGACGCCUGCGCUAACAUCUUUUGUUUCUUUUCUUGCCCGACUACUUGAUUCCCUUUAGCCUUUCCUGCCUUGAACCUAUUCUUUUGUCCUUGUGCAAACCAGCCUUUCGUCAAAAACCUGGACGGUUCGAAUUUUCCCCACACGAUUACAAGCCCAAAACUUCAAUGCGCUCUCUCUCUAUCGGCGCUGCCCGAGUAUUUGCAGAUUUUGUUUUGUCGUUUCUCUCGUCCUUCCUCGCCGCCGUAUUCCCCACCCACCCGAGCCACCAGCAGCUCCUGCGGGCCGCCUCCACUUCCUUCCCCACCCCCUUUUCCUCUGCCUGGACUGCAGCCUGUGCCCAGAGCGUUAGGGGGAGCUGGGCCUUGUUCCUUGCGAAGACGGGAAUCGGUUGGACUGGGCGAAGAAGCCCCGACGUCUCCAUCGGACGCUCCAUUCUUUGACCGCUGUGCGCUGCCAGGUCGACUUUUGUACCCGCCGCUUGGAGAGUGUCCAUGAAUCGUCCUUUUCUGGUCUCCGAAAUAGCAGAAAGCGACCCAGCCCGGCCAGUUUCCCGGGGCCCCGGUGUUGCUGACUGACUAAGCUUCGGCCACGGCGACAAGUCAGGCAGCACUGAUUUCCCCGUUCUCCCGACGGACCGUGCUCCAGCCCCCGAGGAGGGGGCAAUUCGAAAAGAAACCGUCAACGGUCACCGCCAACGAGCCAGGCGGGAGCGCGGUUACCCGGGAAACCGGGCGGGCGGCGCGUGGCUACGGGGCGACCGACGGGAGCCCUUGUUACGGCGCGCGAGGAGCCGGAGUGAAGUGAGGGAGACGGGCUGAGCGGCCAGAACUCAACCACUGACGGCUGCAAGUUCUCUUCACCGGGUGGCCGUUGCUUAUUGUCAUCCAAACAGAUGCAUUCAGGACAGGAUAGGCUCAGAAUUUUGAUCAGCAAAACUGCCACAGCACGUGCUUGUCUACAAGAAGAAUAGAGCAACUAUUGGCUUCCAUAUCUCACUAUUUCAAUAAUUUUGUAGAAGAUUGAAAAGUAGAUAGCAAUCUAGAUUGUGGGAACAAAUAUUGAACUUUAGAAUCCUGAAGCUGAAGAAUGAAAACGUAAAGGAAUGACCAUAUUUAAGGAUUGGAAACUGUGACUGAGAUAUGCUUCUAUGAAUAAAGAAUUUCAUGGAAAAGAUGAAAAAAUUCAAGCGACGACUUUCUCUGACCUUGCGAGGCAGCCAAACAAUUGAUGAGUCUCUGUCUGAGCUUGCAGAGCAAAUGACCAUUGAAGAAAAUAGCAAUAAAGAUAAUGGCUUUCAAAAAUCAGAGCCAAUUGUGAAGAACGGCAGGCCUGCAACAUCGCACAGUAUGCACUCCUUUCUCCACCAGUACACGGGCUCUUUCAAAAAGCCCCCACUGCGGAGACCCCAUAGCGUGAUUGGUGGGAGCCUCGGCUCUUUCAUUUCCAUGCCCAGGAAUGGUGGUGGUAGACUAGAUAUAGUCCAUGAGAAUUUGAAAAUAGGUUCAGAUGGUGAGAGUGACCAAGCUUCUGGAACGUCAUCUGAUGAGGUACAGUCACCUACCCGUGUUCGUAUGAGGAACCACUUACACAGGAGAAUCUCGGUGGAGGAUGUCAAUAAGAGGCUAUCACUGCCUGCAGACAUUAGAUUGCCUGAUGGAUAUUUGGAAAAACUGCAGAUGAAUAGUCCACCUUUUGAUCAGCCUAUGAGUAGAAGAUCCCGCAGAGCUUCUCUAUCUGAAAUUGGAUUUGGAAAACUAGAAACUUACGUUAAGCUGGACAAACUUGGAGAGGGUACCUAUGCAACGGUGUUUAAAGGAAGGAGUAAGCUGACUGAUAACCUGGUAGCAUUGAAAGAAAUCAGGCUGGAACAUGAGGAAGGUGCACCUUGCACAGCAAUACGGGAAGUCUCAUUACUCAAGGACCUGAAGCAUGCGAACAUAGUCACUUUACAUGAUAUUAUUCACACGGAAAAGUCAUUGACACUAGUGUUCGAGUACUUGGACAAAGACCUGAAACAGUAUAUGGAUGACUGUGGAAGCAUAAUGAGCAUGCACAAUGUGACGAUAUUUUUAUUCCAGAUUUUACGGGGUUUGGCAUAUUGUCAUAAGCGAAAAGUGUUACACCGAGACCUGAAACCACAGAACCUGUUGAUAAAUGAAAAGGGAGAACUAAAGCUUGCUGAUUUUGGUUUGGCAAGAGCCAAGUCUGUUCCAACAAAGACAUACUCAAAUGAAGUAGUAACUUUGUGGUACAGGCCUCCAGAUGUUCUUCUGGGCUCUUCAGAGUAUUCAACACAGAUUGACAUGUGGGGCGUUGGAUGUAUCUUCUAUGAGAUGGCAUCAGGAAGACCUUUGUUUCCUGGUUCCACUGUUGAAGAUGAAUUGCACUUGAUUUUUAGGCUACUAGGAACACCUACAGAGGAGACAUGGCCAGGCAUAUCUUCAAAUGCGGAAUUUAAGGCUUACAACUUCCCUAAGUAUAAGCCACAGCUUAUAAUAAAUCAUGCACCAAGGUUGGACACAGAUGGAAUUGAUCUGUUAUCCAGUUUUUUACAAUACCAGGCCAAGAAGAGAAUUUCUGCUGAAGAUGGUAUGAAGCAUCUUUACUUUAAAAGCCUUGGAACAAGAGCACACACUCUACCUGAUGGUGCCUCAGUUUUUUCACUAAAUGAAAUUCAGUUGCAAAAGGAUCCUGGCUACAGAACCACCUCAUAUCCAGACACAGCACAUGGAAAAAACAGAAGACAGAGCAUGCUGUUCUAGACUAUCUUGCAAAAUUGCAGACUUGAGUUCCACUGGCUUGCCAUUUUACAUCGCAGUUACCCAGGAUUUUGAAGACAGCAAUUUCCAUAAUUUAGCGUGGAUCAGAACUUGAAUAUCAACAUGUCUCCUUUACUGCCCUUGCAAUAUAGUCUUUUAUUAUGAUGUGUCGAUUGUUUUAUAUUCACAAAUCACAUUGAGACAUUUUUGUGUGUGUGUAUUAUGUGUAUAUACAUGUAUAAUAUAUGUGUAUGCAUAUAUAUAUACAUACACAUACAAAAAAUAGUUUUAUUGUUUCACCUCUGCUGUUUUAUAGCCGGUAGUUACAGCUGCUGCUGUAACUUCAGCUGCAGUUUUGUGCAGUACUGGAAACAAAAUGCUUAUUUAUUGGGAAUCAUUGCUGCUAAAUGACUACUGUCCAUUAACCACAUCAUGGUGGUAUAGCGGAAAAUGUGAGUGGCUUAUAGCAUGUGAAUGCAUCUGUUUCUUAUAACUAUUUCCAGCAUUUUGCAGAUUUUACUGUUACAUUUAAUUCCAAAUGCUCUUGAAUAUUUAAAUAUCUGCAGAGCUUCACAUUUAAAAAAUUGAUUGUGUUGAGGAAUCUUGCACCCUCUGAGCUCAUACAAUAGAAUAUUUAAAUUUUGUUUUGAAAUUUUGUGACCAGCAGGGAAACUGAUUAGUGUUUUAAAAAAUGUUUAAAGAAAUCAUCAUCAAAUAUGUCAUUUCAUUAUUAAAUAUUAGCAAAUUCUUUGCACCUAUUUUUCCAUGUCACUUUAUGAAGACAUGGGAAUUCAGAGGGUUUAAUUUUGUAUCUGAUCUCUGCUGUUAUUUCUGCAUCAUUUUAUAAUUACUUCACUACAAAACUUAUGUAUCUCAAUGAGUGUCAUAAGUAGGCUUUUGUUAACAGUAUUUGUAUGUAUGUUUGCCUUUACAAAUAAUGGUUUUAGUGGAUCUACAUUUUAGGAUUACUGUUAAUAUAUAAUUGUUAAAAAAUCAGAUUUGUAGCAAAUGCAAAUAAUCAUUGAUGACAUUUUUCCUGGACUUUUUACUGUAAACUUAUUCAGGGUCCUAUCAUUUUCAUAAAUUUACAUAGUUUGUUAUUUAACAGUAUUAAGGAUAUUUUGUAUGUUUAAUUUUAUUUGUGAACUGUGAUGAUGGCAUGUUGAAAAAUUGUUUACUUGUAUUUUGUGUUGCUUGUGACUUGAUUUUAAUUGGAAUUUUGUAAGAAGGAAAAGGAAACAGAUUCAUUGGUAACAUUGUACAUUGGACCACUACUGCUCAUCAAAAUGAUUCCAGGCAGAGAUGUGUAUAUCUAACUAAAACUGCUGUGCUAUUUCUGACUGACAGUACUAUUUUUGGAAAGUAUAAAUAUUACAGUGCAUUCCUUGUUUUAACUGA